AUGUGGCACAAGGGCCACCAGUUGGUUGGGCCGCGGGGGGCGGGCGGGGGUCCCGGGCCGGCCGUCCGGGCCGGUGGGAACNGCACUGCCUUCUCCAUCGACUCCCUGAUCGGGCCGCCGCCGCCUCGCUCCGGCCACUUGCUCUACACCGGCUAUCCCAUGUUCAUGCCCUACCGGCCGCUAGUGCUGCCGCAGGCGCUGGCCCCUGCACCGCUGCCUGCUGGCCUCCCGCCUCUCGCCCCACUAGCCUCCUUUGCCGGCCGCCUUACCAACACCUUCUGUGCGGGACUGGGCCAGGCCGUGCCCUCGAUGGUGGCGCUGACCACCGCGCUGCCCAGCUUCGCGGAGCCGCCCGACGCCUUCUACGGGCCCCAGGAGCUCGCCGCUGCCGCCGCCGCCGCCGCCACUGCCGCCCGAAACAACUCCGAGCCGGGCGGCCGACGCCCGGAGGGUGGGCUGGAAGCCGACGAGUUGCUGCUCACCCGGGAGAAAGUGGCAGAGCCCCCACCGCCCCCGCCUCCGCACUUCUCAGAGACUUUCCCAAGUCUGCCGGCAGAGGGGAAAGUGUACAGCUCAGAUGAGGAGAAGCUGGAGGCACCAGCAGGAGACCCAGCAGGCAGCGAACAGGAGGAAGAGGGCUCAGGCGGUGACAGCGAAGACGACGGUUUCCUGGACAGUUCUGCAGGGGGCCCCGGGGCUCUCCUGGGACCUAAACCGAAGCUAAAGGGAAGCCUGGGGACUGGAGCGGAGGAGGGGGCGCCGGUGGCAGCGGGAGUCACAGCUCCUGGGGGCAAAAGCCGACGGCGCCGUACAGCAUUUACCAGUGAGCAGCUUUUGGAAUUGGAGAAGGAGUUUCAUUGCAAGAAAUACCUGAGCUUGACAGAGCGUUCCCAGAUCGCCCACGCCCUCAAGCUCAGUGAGGUGCAGGUCAAGAUCUGGUUUCAGAAUCGGCGGGCCAAGUGGAAGCGCAUCAAAGCUGGCAAUGUGAGCAGCCGUUCUGGGGAGCCCGUAAGAAACCCCAAGAUCGUCGUACCCAUACCUGUGCAUGUCAACAGGUUUGCCGUACGGAGCCAGCACCAACAGAUGGAGCAGGGGGCCCGGCCCUGA